AUGACCGAGACUAUUGUUGCACUUUGGCCUGAGUAUCGUGACAUACCUAAUAGCCUUCCAGAGUCUGCACAGGUGACUUCUAUGCAGAUGGUGUCUUUUUUCCUUUUCUUCUUGAUCCAGAUACCGUUCCACUUGAUUCCGAUGGAACAGCUACGGACCUUGUUUCUUGCCAAGGCCGUCCUUCUUAUACCAGUUUCAUGCGGUAUGGUCUUACGCGCAUCAUUCUCACAAAUCCCCAUUAUUCCAGUCGUCAAGACCCUUUAUGCUGUCUUGGGUAUAGCAACUGUCGGGGCUGGGCGUACGGCAUACAACGAGGAAAUCUGGAGUCCUAUUCAGCUACUCCCGAAAUGGGGUGGCUCUGGUGGACGAUUUCUAGCAUUCUGUUGUGGAUGCUUGUGGAUGCUGGCCCAAAUUUCAUGCAACCUAUCUGCCAACUCAGUUCCCUUCGGUCACGAUUCAAUGAGCCUAAGCCCGACCUGGAUCAACAUCCGAAGAGGAUCGAUAAUUUGCUUGAUUGUCGGCUUGUGGGCGUUAGUGCCGUGGUACCUGGUCUCAACGGCCGGCCACUUCUUGACCUUCAUGAAUGCUUAUGGAUGUUUUGUUUGUGCAAUUCUGAGCAUCAUGAUCGCCGAUUACUGGCUUGUUCGGAGGAGAAAGCUUGAUGUGCCAGCUUUAUAUAACCCCCAUGGUCGCUACAGAUUCCGUGCUGGCUUCAAUUGGCGGGCGGCUGCAGUGCAACUGAUUUUUAUGGGCCUUUGUCUUCCUGGUGUUAUCCAUUUGAUCGCGCCUUCCAUUCGAAUUCCUCUAGGUCUUGAGCGUCUCUUCCACAUCAACUGGUUUGUUAACACUAUUGGGCCUUUAGUCAUUUACUGGGCUUUGAAUUAUGUGUUCCCUCAUCGAAUCAGUCAAAUAAACACCUCAACUUCCGUCGUCUCGGGUCAAAGAGAGGAGGAACAGGGGGGACACGAUACCCAGCUAGGGUCCCCCCAGCCGCUUAAGUUUAAUGGGGUUUGCAAGACUCUGGGCGCGGAAGCAGCUUAG